ACUCUCAGCGGCCAGACGAACAUUUCAAUUGUGGCGAAUAGUUUGUGCUAAAACUACAAAACUCUCCCCCCUUAUAAGCGGAUCACAGUGUUAUACAAUAAGUCUCUGCCAAGUUUACAUAAGUUUUGUAACAAUCUAUCUGAACCAUCGACUGCGUCACUAACUGGAUUCUGCGCAAUUGAGCAAGCACUAAAUGGAAUAUUGUUCAUGUGUUCUUCCGGAAUAAAGAAAAAUAUAUAAUAUGAAAUUUUGUUCUGUGAGAUUCAAUUAUAAGUGAUAAUCGUGACAGGUGAACAUAUAUAGUUAUUUUUGUGAAGAGAUUUGAAGGUGUCGAACACAGAAGAAAAAAAAUCACUGUGACAGAAAGUAAAAAAAAAUUAUCAUUUUUUUCAUCACUGCCCAAACUGUGAACAUUGGAUGCCCUAUCGGUAUUACUGACUGCCUAGCCGAGAGGUAAUGAAAUGGUUGAACAGUGCAAGAAUCGCUCUACCCGUUGGAUAACCACUGCCUUGAUAAGCUCAAAAUAUCACGGUUGAACAAAAGUAUGCAAUUCUUGCAACCAAUCACGACAAAAUACGUAAAUAAUGAACAGCAGACAAAAUAGAAAAAAUACCAUGCGUAAAAAACAAAAACUACUGCCGGGGGCAUCCGACAUCGUCGUGAUUACAUUGAUAGCUAGGUUAGCGUUAGUAUUAGGCCAGACCACCUGUAACAACGGCCAGGGCCGGGUGUUGUACGAAAGACUGCCAAAUCAACAGUUGCAAGGAUUCGAUGACGAUGUCGUUCGAGAUUCGGCUCCGCCGUUCCGAGUGCUGGAGAAAUGUCAGGAUCUCUGUUUGCGAGAUCGUACGGCGUCCACCAAUUUGGGCCGUGCGUGUACGAGUUUCGACUUUCAGCCCGGAAGCAGAAUUGCUUCGUUCAGUGGAAGCGCAGAGUACGAGGAAUCUACGUGCUAUCUGACGCGAGAACAGGCCGCUCCCGAGGGGAUCGGAAAUCUCAUGCUGGUCCCGAACAGUGUCCACUUCACGGAAGUUUGUUUGACAUCAAGUCGACCCGAUCGUGAGUGUCCCAGUCGACGAUAUGUAUUCGAGAGACACCCGAGGAAAAAACUCAAACUGCCAGUCUCCGAUAUCAAAGAAGUUACAGCCGCAAAUCGCUCCGAUUGCGAGGAUAAGUGCCUCAACGAAUUCUCCUUCGUUUGUAGAUCGGCAAAUUAUGACUCAACGCUCCGAAGCUGCUCAAUGAGUCGUUUCACUCGACGCACACACCCCGAGUUGUUGGAGGAUGAUCCGAACUCGGAUUAUCUGGAAAACACAUGUUUGAAUGCCGAGCGGCGUUGUGAUGGACUGGUGGUCUACGUUAAGGAGGAGAACAAACGUCUGGGAGGUCCCUUCGAAGUGGAAAUUUUCAACAAUAUGACACUGGAGGAGUGUCAAUCGCUAUGUUUAAGGGCUGAAAAAUAUUUUUGUCGAUCGAUCGAAUUUGACGAUCAAACCAAACAGUGUAUCCUAUCGGAGGAAGACUCAGUCUCGCAGAAGGAUGAUCUCAGCAUCAGUUCCAGUCCCACACAUCAUUUCUAUGAUCUAGUGUGUUUGGACAAUCAGCGCGGGUCCGACUAUCCGGACAAUUCGGUAACAUCGCAUUUGUUCGCUAGCGGCAGACGUCCAGAUACCGCCUUUCAGAGGUAUCGUAACUCUAGAUUAGGUGGAGAGUUCCAUUCGGAAAUAACUGGUAGGUCGUUGAGUGAGUGUCUGGACGAGUGCCUUCGGCAGACCAGCUUCCAGUGCCGUUCGGCAGUUUACAGUGACCGCUUUCGAACCUGCCGGCUCAGUCGAUACAAUCAACGGGAUGGAAUGCGCAUCAUCUACGAUGCAGAUUAUGAUUACUAUGAAAACCUAAUGCCACAUUUAGUCGGCGGCGACACUGACACAACCAACGGAAGACCUGAUCCAACAGACUGGAGACCACCUUACGGCGAUCGCGACUCCGAUCGUCCUCCAAAUGACAGGAUGCCAGGGAGGUUUCCUCCAGGUGAUCGAUUCCCGCCAGGUGACCGCUUUCCUCCAGGUGACCGCUUCCCUCCAGGACCAAGACCCGAUUAUGGUGGUGAUCCUUUCCCUGGUAGCUAUCCACCGACGGAUAGGUACCCUGGACCGACUGAACGUUAUCCAAUGGGCCCUGUUACAGAUCGGUAUCCUCCCGAUUUUGAUAGUAGAUACCCACCAGUAUACGACAACAGAUUUCCAGGAAAUCGCUACGGGCCAACAGAUCGGUACCCGGAUCGUGAACCUGACAUGUUCCCUGGCCAUCCCAUGCGCUAUCCUCCUCCGCCUCCUCCAGAUUCUAGAUAUCCUCCCGAUUCCAGAUACCCUCCUACACCCGAUUCAAGAUACCCUUCUGACCCAAGGUAUCCCGUAGAUUCCAGAUACCCCACAGACACGCGCUACCCAUCCGAUCCUCGGUAUCCACCCGAUUCACGAUACCCACCUGACUCACGCUACCCAUCCGAUUCACGAUACCCACCUGCUGACUCUCGCUAUCCCCCUGUUCCAACUCCCGACUCGAGAUAUCCGCCACCGGUUCGACCAGAUUCGCGCUAUCCCAGCGGUCCUCCACCCGACUCUCGAUAUCCAUUGGCACCUACCGGCACACGCUAUCCCCCUGCCCAGUACAUGCCCCAUAUGUAUCCCGACUACCAACCGGGAUAUCCACCUCCACCGAGAACCCCUCCAAACCGUGGUUACACCACUGACCGCUAUCCACCACCAUUGAUACCGAUCGAAAACAAUCGUUAUCCAGCACCAGAAACACGAUAUCCCAUGGAACCCAUACCAGCACAGGGUCGGUAUCCGACCUCACCAAACGUGUCACCAUUCCACAAGUACAUGAAUCGUCGACCCGAAUACGACCCUUACAUGCCCUCCUACGGCCCCGAUCAUGGCUACGCCCCGUACUACCCACCGUCAGGCUCGGGACGCAUCCCACCCCCGAUGCCAGUGCCAGCGUUCCCAGAGCGCGAUCGAGGCUACCGACGGCCGGGAAUGCCGGACACCCCUAGCUAUCCGUUCGAGGUUCCCUACGGACCGUCCAGCUCCGGAUACGAUAACACCCUCGGUGGAGGCGACGGAUUUGGUGGCUUUGGUCCGCAGCGUCCGUACGAAACCCGCUGCGAUGGAUCGGACAGCUUCAAGCAGAUGGCUUCCAAGCGCAAGAUGCGAAAACAGUACAUCCGACGGGUCAUCAACGCACCCUCACUUGGCAUCUGCCAGCAGGAGUGUGUCUCGGCGCGGGACUUCAUGUGCCGUAGUUUCAACUACCGCGACUCGGCUCCCUACGAGACGGAGGGCAACUGCGAGAUGAGUGAUCGCGACUCGCGGGAUUUGGAUAUUCCCACCAGUCAGAUGUUCGAAUCGGACAGUUCGGAUUAUUACGAGCGAUCUGUCGGCCGAGCGGGUGGUCAGGACGAGUGCUUAGAUGUUGGACAAAUAUGUAACGAGGAUGGAAUGGAAUUCACGCUGAGAACGCCUGAGGGAUUUGUGGGUCGCAUCUAUGCGUACGGAUUCUAUGAUCGAUGUUUCUUCCGUGGAAAUGGAGGCACAGUCAACGUUCUGAGAAUAAGUGGCCCCCAGGGCUACCCCGAGUGUGGCACCCAAAGGUACGGAGAUACCAUGACCAACAUUAUCGUGGUGCAGUUCUCAGAUAAUGUGCAAACGGGUAGGGAUAAACGAUUCAAUUUGACGUGUAUGUUCCGCGGUCCUGGAGAGGCUGUGGUUACUUCCGGAUAUAUUGGAGCCGGAUCUGGCAGUCCAAUACCGAUCGAGUAUCUUCCGGCCGAGAAUUCAAUGAGCAACAAAGUACGGCUUAUGAUUCUCUACCAAGGACGACCCACGACGACGAUCGCCGUUGGCGAUCCGCUAACCUUCCGACUAGAGUCGCAAGAUGGCUACAGCCAUGCGACAGAUAUCUUUGCUACGAACGUUGUCGCUCGCGAUCCCUACUCGGGAAGAAGUGUUCAGUUGAUCGAUAAUUACGGGUGUCCGGUGGACAAUUUGGUUUUCCCAGAACUGGGAAGAUCGCGUGACAAUGACGCACUAGAGGCCAGGUUUAAUGCCUUCAAAAUACCGGAAUCAAACUUUUUGGUAUUUGAAGCAACCGUGCGAACUUGUCGUGGAGGUUGCCAGCCGGCUUACUGCCCAGGACCGAGCGGACGCUCGGAACCAUCGUUCGGAAGGCGGAAACGAUCUGUUUCUGAAGAGUCUACCGAGUUCGAUGGAACUGCAGAACCUUUGGUUGGAGAUAGCAUAGAAAAUGAUGAUGAAGUUGCUAUUGUCAAUGGUACUCUUAUGAACGAUAACAGGACUGAUAAAAAUAGCACAAACGCAGGAGACGAGACUAGCGCGAACGAUCUUGAUUCCAACGGCAAUGAGAUGCCGGAACAUGUACGGGAAAUGAUUGAGUCCCGUGCCCUUCAUACGCUACAGGUAUUCCAGUCACGCGAAGAAAUGCAGCAGGAUACAGUGGCUAGGAAGAUGGUAGCCCCACAGGAAGCCGUCUGUCUGACCAACUCGGAAUAUUACGGCCUGCUGAGCGCGCUUAUUCUGCUUAUGAUUCUGUUAGUUAGUAUCACAUUCGCAUCGGGGCUGGCCUAUCGACGCUACUGGAAAAUAUUUUUGAAAAAUCGAUCGCUAGAUCGAACAUCCCCAGUUAAUUCAUUCACACCUUCGGCUUUGCACAACGUUUCCGGGAGUCAGUUCCACGCAUCGGGUAGAGGUAAUUCAACCUCUUCACGAUGCGAUGCUCGGACGCCCGGAUUAUCCCUCUUUGGCACCGGACUGCAGAAAACCUUCGCCACGGGCAACUUAUCUCGGAUGUGUCAAAUUCCUGUGAUGAAUCCAAUGUCGAGAUCGAAUGGCUCCAAAAAUGAAUUUGAUGACCCCAGCGAACCGAUUUACACUGACCCGUCCCUCUUCGAACGCUCCAGAAUAUAAACCACUUUGAACCCCUUUUUCAGAUCACUGCGCAGCAUCGCUGUUGACCAAACAGACGCCCACAAUGUUUGAAAAUGAAAUGGAAAAAAUAUCUAGUGAUGUAAACAAAAAAAAACAGUAAUGACGAUGUCUCUGAUGAUAGUUUCUAGGCUAAUAUUUUAGAAGAAUAAACAGCAACAAUAAAACAUUAAUAAGACAAGUGAGAGGGGGCUCAUACAUAGAAAAACUGUGAUGGCUACGAUAAUAGCAAGGGACCAAAGAAAUUGGUUGAAUUGAAAAAUUUGCUCUGCCCAAUUUGUGAAUACACUUUCCGAUCGCCCCCAUGAAGGGCGAAAGGUCAAUUUUGAAACAGUUAGAAACCAAAGACAAGACAAGUUUGGUUUGACAUCUCUGGCGUGUGUGUGUCUGUACAAUCGUCGAAUCUCUUCUUAAUUUAUUCGCUAAAGUUUAAGUAAUUAGGGCGCAUCUAGUGGUAAGAUAAUCAUUUAGAGUUAUAAUGCUGAACAAUUUACACUAUGAGACCAUAACGUACGAAUCUAAUCUAAACAGUUAGCAGUAAUAGUAAUAUUUUUCGCCCGAUACACGGCUGAGAUAGAUGAGUGUUGAAGAAUAUAUUACUCGUAAGACAAUUAUAUCUAAUCAAAUUGAAUUUUUCCCAUAAGCGAUGGCAAUCACACGAUGCUUACUGUCGCGUGUCUGGGUGAUUAGGACUACUCUAAAAUAA